AUGAAUAAGGUAAGGAGGAUAUUAUGUUUUCUUCGUGCUGUUCGUUUAUUGUCGCUGCAGGUGGGUUUGAGGCUUUGAAAGGUUUUAGGCCAUUUUUUGAUGUUAUUCUAGGUUUUUUGAGGGAAAAAAGUUGAUUUUUAUAUUGUUGUAGAGUUAAAAAUUUGCGUUUUUAGAUAUUGUUUUAGGUAUUAAUUACUUUUGUUGUGUUUUGUGUAAUAUAUUGAUUUAUUUGAGUACCUUGUGUUGGAGUUUGUUUUUUAUUAAUUUUAAAAAUUUUUAGAUAAUACACCGUGUCAAUACAGUUAAAAGGGAGCGUGGCACCGAAGACUUUGUCAAACUAAAUCAUGUUUUCGCCAACCGAUAUUAUAUUGAGAAGGAAUUGGGAAAAGGAGGUUUUGGACAGGUUUAUCAGGCCAAGGAUUUGGUAUGUCUUUAUGUAUUUUUGAAAUAUAAUGCGAUGUUUCUUUACUACAAUAUAUUUUGUUUUAAAAGUAAAAUUUUGUGCUUUGAAUCCGGACCAUCCUUAUGGUUUUUUAAAGUUAUAGUUAAAAUUCGGAAUACAUUUUAAUAAAGUAAGAAAAGUAUGUAGUCUGAUGGGUAAAUCUUUAAUAAUUUUAGCGAACUUCAAACAUUAUUGCGCUGAAAGUUGAGCCGGAUGACCGCCAUAAUCGUAUGAUCAUGGAAGUCAAAGUCCUUGCCCAAGUAAUUGGAUGCAAACACUUUAAUAUUAUGGUAUGUUUUGUAAAAAGCUUUUAACUACAAAUUCGUGAGGUUAAAUGUUGUUUUAUACAUGUUUUUAUGUAAAGAUAUGGAUUAACUUGCAAAUUAUAUAGGUAUGGAUAAUAUUAGCUAAAUUUUGCUUUUUUGGUAUUUUUUUACACUUGGCGGUUCUUAACUGCUUUUUGUUGAUUAAGCAUUAUUGUAUAACAUUACCGAGCGUUUUUAUCUUAGCAUAGCUAAUAUUUACCUAAUUUCAGUACGAUCACGGCCUGAAAAAUGCUGCUCUCACCUACAUCUCCAUGCCGGUUCUCGGUGAAAACCUAUUCGAAUUGCGACGUCUAGAACAAGGUCGAAAGUUCAAACCAGAAGCCAUGCUAGAAUUUUUCAGUCAGUUGGUUGACGCAUUAGAAACGUUACACAAAAAGGGCUUCCUUCAUCGUGAUUUGAAACCAUCCAACUUUGUUAUGGGAAAACGACCAGGGGAUCGAGAUACUGUAUAUUUGAUCGAUUUUGGUAUGGCCAGAGAAUAUCUACACCCAAAUGGGCAAAGAAGAGCCGUGAGGUAUCCGUGUCAAUUUAGAGGUGGGUUUAGAACAGUUUAAAUAUUUAUUAAGGUCUAAAGAAAUCUUUUUCAUUUUUAUGAAAUAUUAUUUUAGGCACGACACGCUACAGCACUGCCAGAGCACACAAAGGCCUUGAACAAGGUCCCGGCGACGAUAUGUAUUCAUUGCUGUACGGCAUGGUCGAGUUAUGCGAAGGUGACCUGCCAUGGAGAGGUGAUGAACCCGAAAAAGGGCUGAUUAACAUUAAAGGAAUGCCUAGGUCGGGCCUUACCCGCUUUAUAAAGUAAGUUUUUACAAUUGUAAUAUGUUGCUGGGGUUUAAUUUUUUUAAUUUUACGUUUGUUUGUCGUAGUAAAGGAACUUUACUUUAGUUUUUGCGUUUUUGACUAGUUUUUUGUUUUGUUAUUGAAAAUUAAUUUUUAAUUUUAGACACACGCCAAAGGAACUUUUGAUUAUAGCACAAUAUCUGGACGGAUUGGUCUAUGAAGAUGAUGUGGAUUAUAAUUAUAUUAGACAAGAAAUUCAUGUGAGUCUUUGAUUUAUUAUUAUUAACUUUGUCUUUAAUUCACAGUUUGGAUGAUCUAUUUACAAAAUUUUGCAUGAAAUUUAAAUUUUUAAACAUGUUUUGUUGUUUAAGUUUAUACCUUUAGCAAAUUUUAUUUCAGGAAGCCUUCGACAGCCUACAUCCGCCAGUAUUUGACUUUUUCGGCAGAUCAGACAACUUUAUUAACGAAUAUAACACAAACCGAAGUCCCGUAACCGAAUCCACGACCAAAUCAAGCGCCUUUUAUGAUCCAUACGAAGUCAAACAGAUGACCAAAACUUCGCAAAUCAUCCAAAUGCGUACCAAGUUUGACGAAUUAUGCUUCAAUGAAAAACGACCACCAAACCGCUUCAUCAACGGCAAUGUUUAUCAUCCAUCAGGACAAAAGGGCGCGAUAUGGCAAGCCCCAUUCGAAUUCGAGCCACAACAAGAACGUUAUUGA